AUGAGCUCUGAUCUAUAAAAUUAAUAUGAAAAUUUUAAGAAAACAAUGAAGAAGGCUGAAUACAAAGAAUAAUUUGCAUUUGAAUAUGUUAAGGAUAACAACCCAACUUUUUUUUUGAGAAUACUCCACUACAUUUUAAUUGAAUACAAUUCAAGCUUUUAUAAAUCCUUGGUUGAUAAAGGAUAUGAGCUCUAUUCCAAAAAUGAUUUGAGAUUCACAGAAUAAGUGUUCAAAAUGCUUCAAUUAGAAUUCAACUAUAAAUCGUCAAUAAAUAUAGCCUAAUUUCUCUCAGAACAAUAUUUAGAGCACAAAUUAAUCUUGAUAAACGAUAUCUUUAAUGAAGUGUUGUAGAGAACAAAAAAAGAGAAAAAGGUGAAUGUGUUUAAGGGAUAAGAAAACAGUUCAUACAUAUAAAACACAUAAAACAUAUAAAACACAUAAAAAUAGCAGGAGUCAAAUAAUAAAUAAAAACCUUAAGUAUUUGUGCAACGAGAGAAUUUCUAAAGUGAAGAUGAUGAAGAAGACAUAGAACAACCAAAACGACCAGAACCUUAUAAGAUAACUUAACAAAAUGAAUUGGCUCCAAGGAUAACCACUUGCAAUCAAGAAUAAUAUCAAUUAUUAGAGUAAUAGUGCAAUUAUACAUAAUAAUGCAUUUACGCAUAACAAUAUCAAUAACAGCCAUCUCCUCCUCAAUCUGAUGACAAGAAUGAUUCUUAGAAUGAAAUCUAAGCUUAAUAAUCAUUCAAAUAAAAAAUCAAUUAAGUUUAAUAAAGCUAUCAAACUCAACCAAAUAUUUAAGUCUAAUAAAAUUAUCAAACUCAACAAAAUAAUUCAGCUCAAUAAUAAAAUGGUGUGAGUCAUCAAGAUCUCUAAAAAUUGAUGUAGGUAAUAUUGCUUAGCAAUGAUAACAUUAAAUCGGUUAUGCAAAAAUUUUCAGAAUUGUAGACAACCGUAAACAUGGCUUUAACAAACUUUGAUUAGAGAUUGACGAGAUUGGAAUUAAAAAUUCGUGAUUAAUGA